UGGCCUAGUGGUAAUUUUAUUUAAAUUUUUCCAGUGCUCGCUAAAACACACGCACAAAAUCUUACAACAUCAUCAGAAUCUGCCAAAUACUAGAUUUUGCUGUUCUGAAAGAUUUCUAUUCCAUCUUUCUCUUAGUAAGGGGGAAAAAUGUUUCUGGGACGUUCGGGUGGUCUUCCGGUGUAUAGCUCAUUGAAUGAUGUGUUGCAGCCGGAUCUUGAGUUAGAAGCAGAUGAGGAUGAAGAAGCAGAUAGCUCUAGCCGGAUAAUAUAUACGGCCUCCUUCGAUGAACUUGCAGGAAAUUAUAUUCAGUAUGAAACUAUCAUAUGGCUUUCAAUAUCGUUGCUGUUGGUUUUAGCUUGGGGAAUUGGGGUUAUUAUGUUGCUAUAUUUGCCCUUUAAAAGAUAUGUACUUCAGAAGGAUAUUUCUUCAAGAAAGUUGUAUGUCACACCUGCUGAAAUUAUCUACAAGGUUUCUAGACCAUCAUUUAUACCUUGUUGGAAAACAGUGACAUUGGAAACACGAGUCCCAUUGUCCUUGGUGAUUGAUAUAAUUAUAGAACAAGGCUGUUUGGAGUCUGUAUAUGGUAUACACACUUUGAGAGUGGAGAGUAUAUCACGUGGUAAAGCUGCUCCUGUUGAUGAACUGCAGGUUCAAGGUUUAUCUAAUCCAGGACUUUUGCAGAAGGUCAUAAUAACUGAAGCUUCAAAGGCUAUUCGAGAUGCUGACAAUGUUAUGACUCGUAUGUCAUCCUUGAAUAAGAGACUUGCUUCUUUGAGACCACCAUCCAUGAAGUGGAAGGCUGAUAAUUCUUCAUAUCCUGUAUCUUCUGAGCACAGAGGAAUAACUUCUGGAGAGCUGCUUUUCCUUAAAAUAGAUGAAAUGGACAGAUCAGUUAAGGUAGCAAAUUGCCUUUUCGGUUAGUGGUUCACUGGGCAUUAUUGUAAGAUGUGCAGAUUUUCCACUUCCGCUUCUUUAGUGGUAUUCGUGUAUGUUUCACCUUGUAUCUAUAGUUCUAACCUCAUUUCUCCUUGUCCUAAUGAUCAGAAACUAGAGUCGCUCAUCAAUAAAUCCCCAAACCCACCAAAAUCUACAGAAAGAUGUGAAGAUGUGACUUUAAGUUCAUAAGGGUUCCUGUUCGUGGUCGGGCAAUUAUAAUCUGGGGAAAGUUGUUCCCUGCAGCCAAUCUUCUGUAUACUGAUGUUCAAGAUUGAUCAUUGAUGAUGGUUGUAAGUUCACAUAUACAUAUUAAGUUUUGAUGUAAAUAUAUUAUGGUGGCAUUUUAGGUAGCUUUUGCAGUUUCUUGUCAACCUAUGGGAGAAUGUUUUUCUACAGUUUUCUCUGUAAGAACAAGAUUUUACAGAAACAUGCCUGAUUUACCUGGUGAGGUUGUAGACAUAUGUGCUCCAAACAAUUGAUAUAGGUUAUUUGAGGAAGCAUAAAGUUCAAAGAUGUAUUAAGCUGAUGGUUCUUUAA